AUGCUUGAGAACAACCCGGUCGUGAUGAAUCACCUUGCCAGAGCUCUCGGCCUGGACGAUGAACUCUCCUUUUACGACAUCUACUCGCUCACCGACCCUGACCUUCUCGCCUUCAUACCCCGUCCUGUCUAUGCAUUGCUCGUCAUCUUACCACUGACACCAACCUGGAACGACGAGCGAAUAACUGAAGAUAAGGACAAGAGCGACUACAAGGGCAAGGGCGAAGAUGACCCGGUGAUCUGGUUCAAGCAGACCAUCGGCCACGCGUGUGGGUCAAUCGGUCUAGUGCAUACCUUGUUGAAUAGCGAGGCAUCAAAGCACAUCAAGUCUGGAUCUACGCUCGAUCAGAUUCGUCAGGAGGCUCUGCCAAAGCCAAUGCUCGAACGAGCCAAAGUACUGGAAGACUCUGACGCAUUUGAAAAGGCUCAUGCAGAAGCUGCUCAGCUUGGAGAUACGGCUGCGCCUACUCCUUCAUCGAAUGAAGACUACGGACACUUCGUGGCUUUUGUCAAGGCCAAGGAUGGGCACCUUUGGGAGCUUGAGGGUGAUCGAAAAGGUCCACUAGACCGCGGCGCGCUGGACAAUGACGAAGACAUGCUCAGUCCUGCCGCGUUGGAAAAGAGCUUGGGUAGGCUGAUGCGGAUUGAGGCUGACAGUGGUGGAGACUUGAGAUUCUCGGCCAUCGCUUUGGCUCCAAGCCUCGACUAA